UCAUACCCAAAUCGAAGUAGCCAAACAUUUUCCAUCAUAACGUUUCUGUCAAAUUUCGGAACAAAAGAACAUCCCAUACAAUCUCGUUUCGAAGUCCAUGAUUCCAAAUGGAUGCCGUGAAGUUUCUUCGACACUCGUGGCACUUGUUCGUUGCCCAGGAAGAAGUUGGCCCGUGGCAGCACCUUUGGCGUAGGAUCAAAUUCUUUUUCGAUACGGAUGAAAAUUUCCGAUCGGAGUCGUUGGUGUUUGGUGCUCUUGUGGUGACGAUUGGCUUCCUCGCCUUGGUUAUUCCUUGGGAGUGCGCUAAACGAUAUCGUAGGCGGAACAACAUCGCUCCUCAAACUGCUAUUCAAAUAAUGGAACAGUUAGAAGACAAUCGAGAAUGUCUCAGAGAAAUUGCGCAUCUUCUCGCGCCGAAAAACCUUCGAUCACCUUCACCGGAGGCAUUACCGGAAGCCAUUCAUGAAACGGAACAAAGCCCCCCACUGGAGCCCCCUCAGGUGACGGAUGUUCAGGCUGCGGAUGGGCCAGUCCAAUGCAAAAUUCCAGUGUGCAAGUUGCUGCGCCAGACGACGAUGCCGGUGAAAAAAGUGGAACCGAAAAAAGCACGAUCCACGCCCAAAUGAUGUCAUCAAAGUAACCAUUAGCAGGAUAUUUCGACCUUUUGGGCUUAUAGGGCUAUUGUACGGCCAAUGUAGAACA